CACAACAGGAGAUGCUAGUGGAGCCGGGCUUGAAAAACCUUCCAGCUUGCAUACGUCAGCAGCAGCAACUGAGGUGUCUAAAAGCAUUGUUGAAGAUGUUGUUGGGAAGGAUAGGGAGGAUGCAGCGGCCAAGAGAAAAGCCGAAGCAAAUAAAGCCCCAUCAAAGAGUACAGCCGCAGAGGAGAUCGGCAAGACAACCAAAGGGAAACGCACUGAGGUUCUGGUUACCAAGAGAAAACAACCCGUUAGGGAGGGAGCUUCUAAGAGAGCGACGGGCAAACAGUUGGAUAUUCCACAGGAACACACUGCAGCACCGCGUAAGGGCAUAGUGAUUGGUGUUGUGCAAACAACGCAACCCUUAAAACUUGUAGCUGGAAAAGGUGGGAGUGGAAAAGGUUGUUGAUCAAGGAAAAGGGAGAGGGAAACACAUCAAACAGGAUUCCGAUGCGGAUGAGGUAUCGAAUAGCUUAGUUAAUUCAAACACUAACAGCUCGAGUGAAGAAACCAAGUCUGGCUGCCCGGUCUCCAUUCAACGAGAGAGCGGUUAGAGUGACAGCAAAGCCACACACAUUGGACAAGCAGCUCUACUACUGGGUU